UCUGCCACCAGUGGAUAUUUGCUAGAUCACAAGCUUUUACAAUGUCAUCUUACCUGUAGAAACGUCAUGACACACAGCAGCAUCAUGGUGGAUGUAGGCAAGUGGCCAAUAUUUACCCUAUUGUCACCUCAAGAAAUAGCAUCUAUUCGGAAAGCAUGUGUAUUUGGUACAUCAGCCAAUGAAGCUAUAUAUAUAACACACAAUGAUGAGGUAUUUGUUUUUGGACUGAAUUGCAGUAAUUGUUUGGGAACUGGAGAUAAUCAGAGCACAAUAGUACCAAAGAAAUUAGAAGCCUUAUGUGGAAAGAAGAUUUCCAGUCUCAGUUAUGGAAGUGGGCCCCAUGUUGUACUUUGCACUGAAGAUGGUGAAGUGUAUGCCUGGGGACAUAAUGGUUACAGCCAGCUUGGGAAUGGCACAACCAAUCAGGGCAUUACUCCCGUUCAAGUUUGCACGAAUCUUUUAAUAAAGAAAGUGGUGGAAGUAGCUUGUGGCUCUCAUCAUUCCAUGGCGCUGUCGUUUGAUGGGGAUCUGUACGCUUGGGGCUAUAAUAACUGUGGUCAAGUUGGAUCUGGAUCUACAGCAAACCAGCCAACUCCUCGCAGAGUUUCGAACUGUUUACAGGGUAAAAUGGUAGUUGGCAUUGCUUGUGGUCAGACCUCCUCCAUGGCUGUAGUAAACAAUGGUGAGGUUUAUGGCUGGGGUUACAAUGGUAAUGGUCAGCUAGGUCUUGGAAACAACGGCAAUCAACUAACGCCAUGCAGAGUGGCAGCGUUACAUGGUGUGUGUAUACUCCAGAUUGCCUGUGGCUAUGCGCACACACUAGCACUAACAGAUGAGGGUUUGCUCUAUGCCUGGGGAGCUAACACUUAUGGGCAGCUGGGAACUGGCAAUAAAAGUAACCAGCUAAGCCCGGUGCAGAUCAUGAUGGAAAAAGAAAGGGUUGUGGAGAUUGCAGCCUGCCACUCUGCUCACACGUCGGCUGCCAAGACCCAGAGCGGCCAGGUGUACAUGUGGGGCCAAUGCCGUGGGCAGUCAGUGAUCUUUCCCCACCUCACGCACUUUGCCUGCACUGACGACGUGUUUGCUUGCUUUGCUACCCCUGCCGUUAUGUGGCGUCUUCUAUCAGUAGAGCAUGAAGACUUUUUAACAGUAGCAGAGUCUCUGAAGAAAGAGUUUGACAGCCCAGAAACCUCAGACCUAAAGUUCCGUGUAGAUGGAAAGUACAUCCAUGUCCACAAAGCUGUUCUGAAAAUCAGGUGUGAACACUUCAGAACCAUGUUCCAGUCAUACUGGAAUGAGGAUAUGAAGGAAGUGAUAGAAAUAGACCAGUUUUCUUACCCUGUGUAUCGUGCCUUUCUUGAGUACUUGUAUACAGACAGUGUUGACCUUCCGCCUGAAGAUGCAAUAGGGCUUUUGGAUUUGGCUACUUCGUACUGUGAAAAUAGACUGAAAAAACUGUGUCAACACAUUAUCAAGAGAGGAAUUACUGUGGAAAACGCAUUUUCAUUGCUCUCUGCUGCUGUCAGAUAUGAUGCAGAGGACUUAGAGGAAUUCUGCUUUAAGUUUUGUGUCAAUCAUUUGACGGAAGUGACACAAACUACAGCAUUUUGGCAAAUGGACGGUCCCCUGCUAAAGGAAUUCAUUGCUAAAGCCAGUAAAUGUGGAGCCUUUAAGAACUGA